GGAGUGUCCGGGGGAAGAGGAGAAGCGACGGACCGGACCCAGGCCCCGGGGACAGAGUUUGUGGCGGGAUAGAGAGAAGACCCUCGACUCGUGACCAAGAUGUCGACCUCGCAGAAGCACCGCGAUUUCGUUGCUGAGCCCAUGGGUGAAAAGUCGGUGCGGUGUCUAGCCGGGAUCGGCGAGGCUCUGGGCAGACGUCUGGAGGACCAGGGCUUCGACAAGGCGUACGUAGUUCUGGGCCAGUUCCUGGUGCUGAAGAAAGAUGAAGACCUGUUCAAGGAAUGGCUGAAGGAGACAUGCCAAGCCAACAGCAAGCAGAGCAGAGACUGCCACACCUGCCUGAGGGAAUGGUGUGAUGCCUUCCUCUAAUUCCCCCCCCUCCCUCUCUCCCCCAUCUCCCCUGCACCCCAGCAGCAGCAUACCCCCCUCUCCCCCCUCCCCCCUGCUUUUAUAAA